AACUCCAGCUCAGUCAACUUUUGACCGCCGCGACGCGCUCGUCCCGAAUUUUCACGCAUUUUCCCGCUUCACUCUCGAACGCCAUGAUACCGGUGAAAAGUUUUGCGCUGCUCUGCUUGUGGCCAGCACUUCAAGCCUGGCAAAUUCCAGAAUCUUGUGAUUACAUAUCCCUGUAUCGUGAAAUGGGUUGUACACCCAUUUUUGAAAGUGGAAAAGAGUGCCCAGUGGCUUACAAUUGUGAUAAAUUUACAAAAGUUGACCCAAAGAGUUGUUACUACAAUGGCAACACUUAUCAAAAAGGUUACCAACUUAAUGAUACAGAGACGAUGGAUCAUUGUCACCAUCAUUGUCGAUGCAGUUUCUUUAAAAGGGACUCAUACCCACAAACAGCACAUGCUGAAUGGAUUUGCGCUCACGGAGAAUGUCCUUUUCCCCGUGAGGAAGGAUGUAUAGAUCAAUAUGAUAGCAUGAAAGAUUGCUGCAGAACAAGGAAAUAUUGUGAAGGCAUCCAUCCUAAACCAGCCAUUACAUGUGCUUACAACGGAGUAACCUACAUUGAGGGACAAAUAAUAUAUGAUGAGACAAAGUGUAAAAGGUGCAUUUGCAAUGCUAAUUUUAAAGAUACCCUUGAAGGCCCAUCUUGUCAAACUCAGCGAUGCGGUACUAUGCUUAAUUACAUGCAUCGCUUGCGAGAGGGCUGCGUACCAGUCUACUAUAAGAGCGCUCAUUGUAGUUGCUCAAUUGAAACUAAAUGCCCUGAGCCAACUGACUCCAUUAUCCCAGAUACAAAACAAUUGAGCUCAUCUACUUCCUCAGGACGGACUUGCAGAUUUGGGAAUUUGACACUCUACCCUGGAGAACAGUUAAAGAAGAGGCGCACAGAAUUAUUUGAAUGUAGUUGCAAAACGCCUCCUUUCAUCACGUGUAUUCAGCCGAUGCAUCAGCCGAUGCAUCAGCCAUUACCAGAAGCAACAAGUGAGAAAUCAAUGAUUAUAGGAAAAGAGGAAGCUAAACCUACAAUGAUGCAUGAAAAGAAAGACACUCAUGAUCAGGACGUUUAGAUUGGUGAUAUGAUGGAACUCUUAAGUGGAAUCAAAUGUAAACCAAGGAGCAACGCAAUGACCAAUGCUUAAAGAGUAAUUACUCUUAUUCGAGAAUAUUUGUAAGAUUUAUUCAUGAGAAUGAUGCCUUAUCCUGACUGGGUGCUAGAAUUAUAUGACAACUGCUCGAGGAGAAUUUGCUGGAAAAUUCAAAAGUAACUUUUCCCCACAGCAUUUUUAAUUCUAACUUUACAAACAUAAAAUAUUUAAUUGACUGCAAACUUCAAAAUACCUAUACCACAAAGAAUAAAAUAAUUCAAUACAUGGAUAAGAUCCUCAAAAAAGAUACUAAAUGAGCUCUUCAUAAAAUGAGACUAACUCAAAAACGAGCGAAUGGCAAGAUACUAGAGAAAAAUUCUGACACAUUUUAGACUGACUGGCUGAUUUUUGUUUUGUUUGGAUAGGGAUGAACUGAGAAGAUUUACCUUCCAUAGGGACGCCAACAACACAUUAACAUACAUAACAUAGGUAUUAACAUAGGUAUCACAAUAUAAAAGCAACCAUCAAAAAGAUAGACUGACAGUUACACGUUUUCAACCUAAACACAAAAAAGAGGCUGACCAGUUAAAGAUUCGGAACAUGCAGGAAACCAAGAUUUCCGAAUGAUAUACAUAUUUCAAAACACCCCGGGCAUGAUUGAGAGCAUAAGAUGGUAGAUAUUUACAGAGAGCAUCAUAGAUAACAUGGCAGUAUGAGAGACUGAUCAUAGCUAGUAAUGCAAACAGGAGUAUCUUGCAUCGCAAUAACAUAGCUAGUUAAAAGCUCAAGUUGUUAUUCUACAGAAAACAACUUAUACAUCUAAUGCUCCCAAUAAAAUGAUGGAAGUUUGAAGGUCUAUUUCGUUUGACUAUUAAAUGGAUUAAAGUUUAAAAAAAAUGGAUCUAGUUUACCAACAUGGUAGCUCGACUAAAAAUACUCAAUGCCCUAACUGAAUUAUGUUAGUUGAAAAGUAGACUUGAAGACGUAUUAAAUUGUAAAGACUGUGAUUUUUAUUUAAAUUUUAUUAAACAUUGAUACAAAAUGGG